AUGCAGCCCAGGGGCAGGACAGGUGGCACCAGGGCUGGGGGUGGGCUCUCAACAGAGCACCACAUCUGGGCUGCAUCCCAGCCCAGCAUUGCAUCCCAGCCUUAUCCCAGCACCACCCUCAACCAGAGAGUGAUCCUUCCCUGUCCGGCACCCAUCCAGGCUCAUCUGCCACCAAUCCUCCUUCCCGGCCCUAUUCCAAUCCUUCCCCACCCUACUGCCACGGGCUUCUUGGAGGAGGAGGGCAGCUGGAGCCUGUGCUUCUCUGGUGCUGGCUUCCUGGAUCUCUACCACGUGGGUGUGACCCAAUGCCUGUGCCAGCACCCGCGCCUCCUCCAGAGCGCCCACUGCAUCUAUGGCUCCUCCUCUGGGGCGCUCGGUGCUGUUGGCAUCAUGAGCGGCAAGUCCACUGACUUCCGCUGCUCCCAAGUCCUGGGCGUGGUCAAGCAGGUGGAGCGGCUGAGCCUGGGCAUCUUCCACCCGGCCUACGCACCUAUGGAGCACAUCAAGCAGCAGCUGGUAGAUCAUCUCCCCGACAACAUUCACAUCCUGGCCUCCAAGCAGCUGGGCAUCUCUCUGACCCACUGGCCUGAUGGCAGCAACCUCAUAGUCACGAACUUCGCCACCCGCAAUGAGCUCAUCCAGGCCUUGGUCUGCACCUUAUUCUUUCCUUUCUACUGUGGGAUGACUCCCCCAGCAUUCAGAGGGGAGCGUUACAUCGACGGUGGUCUGAGCAACACCAUGCCCUUCUUGGAAUCCCCCUCCACCAUUACUGUGUCCCCCUUCCGCGGGACUGAGGACAUCUGUCCCCAGAGCACCUCGGCCAGCCUGCAUGAGCUGAACGCCUUCAACACCAGCUUCCAAAUCUGCACCAAGAACAUCUUCCUGGUGCUUGAGGCCCUCAUAUCCCCCAGCCCUGAGGUAGUGGCUGACAGCUGCAGACAAGGCUACCUGGACGCCCUGAGGUUCCUGGAGAGACGUGGUAGGACAUUGGUGUCUAAGGAACACCCAACCCCAGCUGAUGGGCCCUGGGAUGCUGGCCAUGACAGAGGCCAGAAGGCAGGCCUGUUUCUCAACUGGGAAGUGCCCAACGUGCUGGUCAAGGAUGUGCCCAACUUUGAGCAGCUCUCUCCAGAGCUGGAGGCUGCACUGAAGAAAGCUUGCCUGAGGGUCCCCAGCCCCUGGGCCCGCUUCUGCCGGUCGGGGCCCGGCCAGGUGCUGACAUACCUGCUGCUGCCCUUCGAGUAUGUCUACUUCCAGAGCAGAAGGCUGGUGGCCUGGCUGCCCGAUGUGCUGACGAAUUGGUGGAUGCAGGGCCUGCUGAAGUGCCUGGCCCUCAAGGUCUACUCCAGGAUGAGGGCCCAGCUCCUGGGGCCAGUCAUCCUGCUGGUCACCAGUGUCCUGGAUAUUAGGCCCCCUCCAGCCUGGGGCAGCUUCUUCUACUGA